AUGAAAAGAUUUUUAAAUGAAAAUAAUUCUUCACCAAAAAAAAAACAAAAAAAGAUUGAGGCUUUACAAGAGUUAAUAAAUGCUAGACCCGAUCUUAAAGGCAAAGAAAUUUAUUUUUUUCCAACUUUAGACAAUGGAUUGCAUAAUUAUGAAGUUCGUGUAUUUAAUAAAGUGGUACAAGAUAUUUAUCUACCUUUUCCAAUUGAAACAAUAAAAAGAACACUUAAUGACAUUAUCAAUAUUAUCCGUUAUGUUUUUUCUGCUGAAAUAUGUCAUGGGCAAAGCUUUGAAGAUGUAGUGCAAAUUUGUGGUACUCAAUUAGUUCGUAAAGAAAAAGAUCAUACUCCAUUUGCUUUUAUGGAAAAGAAUGGACAAAUAUAUAGACAUUUAGAUUGUAUACUUAUAAAUAAAAAUAUAGAUAUUUCAAAUUUUCAUCCUAUUUUUCAAGAACUAAUUCAUAUUCAAUCUGAAAAAUCAAAAGGAACAAGAUAUCACCCAAUGUUUUUAAGAUGGGCUAUAUCUGUUUAUAAUCGAUCUGGACAUGCAGCAUAUAACACAAUGAAGGUUAUUAUGCGUUUACCAUCAAUUUCUACACUUAAAAUCAAUGAGAAAAAUUGUUAUGUGGGUUAUUUAGAUUUUGAGAAUGAAAUGCAUGAGUAUCAUACUUUUGCAUUAAAUUGUCAACAAGAAAUUGAAUCAAUAUCUAAAAAUAAUAAUUCAGUAUUUAAUGAACAAAAACAAUGCAUAGAAAUUAGAACUAUUGGAUCAGUUUGUGAUGGUGCUGGUGAAAAUAGAACACAUAUUAAAAGUUGGGAUUGGAUUGCAUCUAAUAAUCUUGAAAGAACAAAAUUUACAGUAAUAUUAACAAAUAGUUUUGAAUAUAUUACUGUUGAUAGAGCAUUUAUUCAUACACCUAUGUUUCCAGAAUUUCAAAUAUAUCACAAAACAAUAAAUCCGAUUACAGGAGAUGAUUGUAUUUUAUUUCUGAUCCUACACAUGUUUUCAAAAAGUCAUACUGGUGAAAAAAAUUCUCGAGAAAUAAUGUUUGAAAAUAAAGAAAUCAGUUGGAAACAUAUUAAAGGAGUUUAUGAACAUACAAAACAAACAUUAUCAAAAGAAGUUGAAGAUGCUUUAGAAUCCAUUGAUGAACUUAAUUAUAUAUCAGAUAAAACUCAAGAUUUUAUUAAAUAUUCACGAAAGUAUAGACAGAUUAUGCAUAGUAAACUCAUUUUCCGCUCUUUAGAUGAUCCAAGUUUUACUACUUUAAAAGAAAUUCGUGACUUGUUUGUUUAUGGAACAAUUCGUGAAUUAGGUGGAGAUUCAUCAACACAGACACUUAAAUCUUAUGGGCAUGCAGUAAAUAAAUAUCAAGUAACAGCAUUGGUAUCAUCAGAAAUUAAAAGUAUUAAUUAUAGGAAAGUAGAAAAUAUUGGAACAGGAAUUACUACUUUAAAAAGAAGUUUUCAUCUUGAAGUUUAUUUAAAUAAUUAUCGAUGUUCGGGAGUUUGGUGUCAGGAUUUUCUUGAAGCAACUCACUUAAAUGGUUCUUCGACUCAAAGACUUGUUGCAUUUUUACUUUUCCAAAAUGUAAUCAAACUUACAUUCAAUGAAAAUACGAAACAAAAUACAUAUCUUACUGUGGAUCCUUAUUUAAUAUCCGGAGAUAAUAUUAAUUUAGAACCAACUGAAGUAUCAAAAUUUGUUUAUAUUGUUGGGUGGAUUAUUUAUAAACUAAUCAAAAGUAAUACAAUGAAAUCACAUCCUAAAUUCGAAGCAAUGAGUGCUCAUCUUAAAGUUUUAAGCUCGGAACAAAUUGUAUAUGAACGGGAUGUACGAAUUCAAACAACAAAUAUAAUACCCGUCUUGGUAUUCUCGCUAUUAGUGGUUAUCAUUACUUUAUUAGAAAAUGAUGUUGUCAUAGCUUUUCCUACAAAUGUAAAAAUUCUUGGGUUCGAUUUGACUGUUCAUGCAACGGUUUCAGAUCAAGCAGCUCCGAAUGCAUUUGAAAUUAAAGGUACAUCUGGAAUAGCGGCUAUGCACAUUGCUGUUACUGAGCCCAAUAAAAUUAUUAUUAUCGAUAAAGUGCAAAGUAAUCCUCUUAAAUAUUCCGAUGGUCGAAGGGUAGUUUCAUUGGAAUAUGAUAUUACUGAUGAUUCAAAAAGAUUAUUACCAUUAAACACCAACACUUUUUGCAGUGCCGGUAGCAUUAUGGGAAAUGGUAGUUUACUCAAUCUCGGUGGUGCUGAAAAAAAGGGCAAUGCUUAUGCUGAAGGAUUCGAAAGUACACGCGUCUUUAACCCAUGUUCAAACAAAAAAUGUCAAUGGUACGAAAAUCCAAAAGGAUUAGAUACACAUAGAUGGUAUCCAACUGUCAUCACUUUAUUUAUUAUUGGUGGUUCAAUUCAAGCUACGCGAGUCAAUGAUGGAAAAAUUAACAGUCCUACUUAUGAAUUUUUCCCCAAAACCAACCCAAAUGAUAAAGCUAUUCCUUUACAAUUCUUAAUUGAUACUCUCCCUUACAACCUUUAUCCCAUAGUUCAUUUAAUGCCUGGUCCAGCUGAACAAAGUCAUCUCUUCAUCUUCGCUAAUAAAGAUAGUAUGAUUUGGGAUUGGAAAGCUAAUAAAGUCGUGAAAAAACUUCCUACAAUUCCUGGAAGUCCUCGAUCUUAUCCAUUAACUGGCACGUCAGUAAUGUUACCUUUAAGUCCUGAUAAUAAUUACAAACCAGAAGUUCUUAUUUGUGGUGGUAAUAGUAAAGAUGAUGUAACAAGUCCAGCUGAAAAUUCUUGCGGAAGAAUUGAUUUGUCAAAUUUGGACACUGCAAAAUGGGAAAUGGAUGAUUUCGGUGGAAUUGGUAGAGUAAUGCCUGAUGCUGUUAUUUUGGCCGAUGGUAAAACUUUAUUCGUGAAUGGUGCAGGAACAGGAAUUGCCGGUUAUACUCGUGAGAGAAAUAAAGUAUCAAUACCACAAGCAACAAAUGCAGUCCUCACUUCACUUAUAUACGAUUUUCGAAAACCUCUUGGAAGUAGAUUCUCAAAAAGUUCCGCUUCUACUAUUCCAAGAUAUUAUCAUUCUGUAGCUACUCUUAUUCCCGAUGGUCGUGUAUUUAUAUCUGGAGGUAGUCCAAAUGAAAAUGUUGUAACUUCAGGAGAAUUUAAGACUCAAUUUCAAAUUGAAUAUUAUUCGCCUAGUUAUGUACUACAAACUACACAUCCUCGAGGCACUAUAACAAGUGUAGCCGGAGUAAAAGAAGUCAAUCAAAGCCCUAUACCUGUAAAAUAUAAUUCUGAUGUAGCAGUGACCGUACAACUUACAGGUGAUAGUUCAGUAUUCACCGCAGCAUUAAUUCAUUAUGGAUUCGUCACACAUUCAGUUCACAUGUCACAAAGAUAUGUUAUUUGUAGUGUGAAAAAUGUUAAAGCUGCAAAUGGUGUAUUUACUAUGGAUGUGACAAUGCCUCCCAAUCAUAAUAUUAUCGCUCCAGGUCCUUCUUGGUUAUAUAUUAAUAAUCACGGUGUACCUGCUAAAACUGCCGUCCAUGUUAUGAUUUCUUAA